GACAGAACAAGACUGUCCAUUAGCUACACAAUAUCUCGUUUAAAACUCUUGCAGCAGUCGCUAUUUGACUGGAUCUCACACCCCGAUAUCUGACCGUGGCUCACAUAUAGCCUUAUAGAAUACUACUGCAUCAUUACUUCUUCUAGAAGCGUCGACAUAUCUCAUAUCAAUCACACACCCCGCCUCAUAGCAUCAUGGCGCCCUCGAGACCUGACGCUAAAAAGACGAACCCGGACAUCGCAAGACUCCUUGUCGAUGCGCAAACUCAGCUCGAGGUCGGAAAAUUAGAAGAGGCUGCCACGCUUGCCCAGCAGGCCCUUGAUGCUACCGGUCAGGGCGGCGACUUUGAGCUCAGUGCUGCCAAUCUUCUAGGUACAAUUUUUGUCGAGUCCGGCGACAUUGACGAGGCGCGAGCCGCGUUUGAGCGCGCAGUCUUUCUUGAUGAAGAUGGUACCGCAGAUGAGAAGAUUGGUGGAGGUCCUGAGAAGUUCCUGCUGCUUGCACAGCUUAGCGAGGAGGGUGGCCUCGAUAGUGUGCAAUGGUAUGAGCGAGGUGCUACCGCUCUUCGAAAGCAGAUCGCAGUCCUGAGCGAGCUCCGAUCGCCAACCCCUGAGCAAAGGACCACCCUUCAAGAGAAGCAACACAAGCUCGGAGGAGUCCUGUGCGCUGUGGCUGAAGUGUACAUGACCGAUCUGUCAUGGGAACCUGAUGCCGAGUCACGUUGUGAGACUCUUAUCACUGAGGCUAUGCUCCUCGCCCCUGCUGCGCCAGAGACAUGGCAAACCGUCGCCAAUGUUAGAAUCUCACAGAGCCGCGCCAACGAAGCUCAGACAGCUCUGCGCAGAAGUCUCGAGCUGUGGCAGAAACUCCCUCCUCAGCACCCUGAUGUUCCCGAAUUCCCCACCAGAAUUGCGCUUGCUCGUUUGUUGAUGGAGACUGAAUUGGAAGAUGAGGCAUUGAGUGUGCUGGAGCGACUUGUUACAGAUGACGACACAAGUGUUGAGGCAUGGUACUUAGGUGGUUGGUGCCUAUAUAUCACCGGCGAAAAGCUCAAGACUACUGCCUCAAAGCCAUGGAACGACGAAGCCAAGGUCAGCGAGGAAUGGAAGGGAUCAUGGAAGUCAUCGCGGCAGUGGCUUAUGCAGUGCUUGAAACUGUAUCAACAGCAGGAUUACGAAGAUGAGCGCCUGGGUGAGCAUGCCAAGGAAUUGCUAUCAGAGAUCAACAAGGAGCUUGGCGAGCCAGCUGAUGGUGAGGAAGAUGACUGGGAGGAUGCCAGCGAUGGCGCAGAGGAAGACGCUGAAAUGCAAGGUUGAUGACUUUAUACAAGGACAGAGAAAUUGGACACGUGAGCAUUACGUAUGGCGUUUAGGAACAAAAAAUGGGCAUAUCUAGAAGAAAUCUUGUUGCCUCUAGUUAUAGUUAAAACUGGAUGGUCCAGACCCAAGUCUAUAUCAUCAUGGCAG